AUGUAUAGCCUGACUCGAUACGUUACCAAGGCACGGGUGUGGGGCGCUAACCUACUUCCGUUAAGAAACUUCUGCGUAUCAUCAAAGGGAAUAGACAGAGAAAGCGAUGUAAAGUGGUUGUUUCCAGCGGGGUCGAUCAUAGAGAAAAUGAAUGCCGCGGCGAAACACUCACAGCUUAACCUUAUAGUGAGCUUGACGUUAGACAGUGCUGUGCCUCUCACUGUACAUCACUUUUCCCAGACUCUCGUUCAUCUCCAGAGGAAAGUUCCAUCUCUUAGAACAUUGUUCCGGCAGAAGGAUCAAAGGCUGUGGGUGUGUGAGACAACGGAACCGGAUAUUAAUUUUAAGGUGAUAAACAAUGCAGAUGUCGACACGGAAAUCGACAGACUUAUUAUUCGUCCCUUUGACAAACCAGACGUAGAGCCACCGUGGCUUGCGCGCCUCCUGCUUCCUUCCGAAGGCUUUUCUGAGCCGCAACUGAAGGAAUAUCUUCAUCGAUACAACUUCCUCUUUUCGUUCCACCACGGCGCUGUGGACGGCGUGUCUGGCUUGCUGAUCAUAACCUCUUUCCUGAAACUGCUCGAAGACGUUGUCACAGGAAGUUACAUAAACGAAGAGCUGUACGGAGGACUCGUGAGCGACGAGCAAACCACGCGACUAGAGAGGGAAAUGCUGGAGAAGUUAGAAAGCAACCCAGAGAAGUUUCAGCGGAUGAUCGAAGAGACCGCGAGGAUGACGUCCACUCCUCUCAUCAACCAAGCAUUUGGUACUCCACCUAAAGAAGAAUUUCCUACGCGUAUUUUGAGGACCGUCUUCGAACGCCGCCGGCUACAGACUCUAGACGAGAGGUGUCGGUCUCUCGAGAUCACCCUCAACUCGGGAUUAACGUCAGUAGUCAACACAGCCUUAGCCGAGCUGGUGGCGGAGGCAGGGCUGGAGGGCGACUCCUUCAGCGUCACCAAUCGCCACGCCGUCAAUCUCAGGCGGUACAGGAAGGGCGAUUCUUUCGCAGUCCUCGGCAACCACGUGGGCGUCAUAUCACACGCCGUGACCACGCCUCGCCACAACAGGGAGACCUUCUGGGAAUACGCCAAGCAGCUUGACACCGAGUUCCGGCAGAAGCUCAAAGAAGGAGAUGUCAUCCAGGAGAAGGUCAUCAAGUCCAAACUUCUGCCGAAGGAUUACAGUCACGAGGCUUUCUACAGCUCCGCACCUCCCGCGGUUUGCGAUUACAUCAUGACCAAUGUCGUCGUGCCGCAGAAAUAUGUGACUGGAAAGAUUAUUCGUUUGGCCGAUUACAGGAACUUGUGUAAUAUCAGUCACUGUGAUUACUCCAUGAAGCACAUGUUGAGCAGCAUUUCUGCACACGAGGUUACGUACACGCUCAUGUACGCCACUGGUCGGCUAAACCAUAACACAGCGCAGGCUUUUUUGGAUAAAAUCAUAGAUGUUUUAUCGCAUAUGUCACGAUAAUCAUUAAAGAAUUCGGUGCCACUUGUUAUAAAUGUUAAUAAUGAAAUAAAGAACCACAUAAAAGGUAAAUAUUCCUAAUGAUA